UUCAUUUGAGCUUUACUUGUUGGGCUUUCCUCGAAAUUAAUGGACUCGUAAGAUCACGCUCUUUCUGCAACCAAAUAGCAAAAAUCCUGAACGCGCUCUGUGAAAGCCACGAGUCAUAACGACAUGGGUCAUCGUCCUGGCUCGGCAAAUCCUUUUCAACGGAUUUUCAAAACGCUCAUUCCGCCCGUUCAAGCAGACGCUCACGAACUCCGAUGUUUCCGACUCUGAUUAGCUCGACAAAUCCCUCGCCUGUUGCAUCGCCUCCUUCAAGCCCACGGACGAUGCCCGAUUCGACGCCUGCCGCUUCGGAAACCCAAACAAAUGCCAAAUAUGAGGAGAGGAAAAGUGAAGUUGUGAACCAAUUGCAGCAGCUAAGGGAGAGAAUUGAAGAGGGUGCUGAAACUGAGGUGGUGCACGACUUGGUAGCUCUUAUGCGCUCGUUGAAGGACCUGGAGAAGCAAGAAUCUCACUUUCUGUCUUAUUCUAAAGCAAAACAUUCUCAAUUGCAAGCUGAGAUUAUUGGACUGGAGGAGAAAAUAGCAAAUGGAUAUGAUAACAAGAGUCUGAUGGAUGGCUUAGAUCAUUCGUUAAGUAAAUCAGCAGAAGAAGUAAAUUUGGCUAGAAAGGAACUUGCAUCUAAACUAAGGGCAAUACUAGCAGUAAAGCACAGGCUUGAUGAUAUGCCAUCCCAAUCAGAACUCAUCCAGUAUGAGCGUCGAUUUUCAGAGCUAUAUGUUCACAUUCAAGGAAAACAUCAACAAACUCAAAAACAUUAUGAUACCUAUAAUACACUUCUGGAGAUCAAGGAAUUGAUGUUAAAGGAAAUAUCAUUGUUGAAUUCAAUAAGUUCACAGUUUCAAGAUGCCAUUGCUAGCGCUCCUGGUCGCAUGAAACUUAUUGAUUCCAUGGAGGGAAUUGUAAAGAGCAGUCAACAGAAACUGGAAAAGGUGCAACUUGGGCUUCAAGAUGAGCACAAAGUUUGUGAUGCACUCAAAGAGAAGUACACUGCAGCAAUUGCAGAGCAAAGACACCUGUACUCUCUCUUGAAAGCUUUUCAGGAGGAAUGUGCUAAAAAUGAGAGACUUCAGGGCCCAAGUUCUGUUUAGAAACAUCUCCACGGCAUACUAUUUUUUGAGGUGCUCAAUGAUCGCAUUUCAGCAAACAUAGUGUGCUUUUUCUGAUCUAAAUCAAUCAUGAGGGUGACUGAUUAGCGAUAAAAAUUGUUCUUAAUUAAAAAAACUAGAUUCUUUAAAGCUUCUUGUAUUUUUGUUGUCAUAUGCCAAAUUUGUCUUUAUUAUGUGUGAACUAUUACAAUGUUGCUCCUGCACAGAAUUAGAUAUUAAGAGGGAAACAUGUCAUAGCAAUUCAGCUUGUCUUUUUCGAUUACACAUGCCUGUCUUAUUCAACGGGUCAUCCUUUCAUGGUCAGGGAAACAGUAUGUUGAUGUAAUUUGUCUUCAAUAUCAAAUUGGCUUUUUCUCA